GGGCCGCCAGCUCUUCAAGGCCCACGUCCGCCUUCGCUCCGCCUCCCCUCCCCUUCUCUCCUUCUCCCCUGCGCUCCCUGUCCGCUGGAUUCAGAGACAAUGCUACUUCAGUUUGGAGCACAAACAUAUGAUCAGCACAUGGAAAUGUGGUAAUUUGGAUGCAUUCGAGAUUGCAGCAGAUUGAAGAAAUUAGACCAGACAAAGAGUGUUUUUGGAGGAGGAGGAGGAGGAGGAGGAGGCAGAAAGGGGGAGGGCGGCGGGGUGAGAAAGGGGAGGACGCCUCUGAAAAGGGGGACACGGACUCCGCCUGCUGCUAAAUAUAUCGUAGUGAUGGAGAGAGACCGGAUCUCAGCCUUGAAGAGAUCUUUUGAGGUCGAGGAGGUCGAUACGCCCAACUCCACCCCACCCCGGAGGGUCCAGACUCCCCUGCUCCGGGCCACUGUGGCCAGCUCCACCCAGAAAUUCCAGGACCUGGGUGUGAAGAACUCAGAGCCCGCUGCCCGCCAUGUGGACUCCCUAAGCCAGCGAUCCCCCAAGGCCGCCCUGCGGAGGGUCGAGCUCUCAGGGCCCAAGGGCGAGCCCGUGUCUCGGCGCACCGAGCUCUCCAUUGACAUCUCGUCCAAGCAGGUGGAGAACGCUGGCGCCGCCGGGCCAUCGCGGUUUGGGCUCAAGCGGGCCGAGGUGCUGGGCCACAAGACGCCAGAGCCCACCCCUCGGAGGACGGAGAUCACCAUAGUCAAGCCCCCGGAGGCAGUCCACCGGAGGAUGGAGACCCCCGCCUCCAAGGUCCCCGAGGUGCCCGCCGCCCCCACCGCCGACACCGUCUCCAAGAGGGUUGAGAUCCAGGUGCCCAAGCCAGCCGAGGCGCCUGCCUCCCCCAGCCCGGCCCAGACCCUGGAGAAUUCAGAACCCACCCCAAUGUCUCAGCUGCAGAACAGGCUGGAGCCCAAGCCCCAGCCCCCCUUGGCUGAGGCCCCACCCAGGAGCCAGGAGGCCACUGAGGCAGCUCCCAGCUGCGUUGGCGACAUGGCCGACACCCCCAGAGAUGCCGGGCUCAAGCAGGCGCCCGCACCGCGGAACGAGAAGGCCCCCGCGGACUUGGGCUACGUGGGGAUCGACUCCAUCCUGGAGCAGAUGCGAAGGAAGGCCAUGAAGCAGGGCUUUGAGUUCAACAUCAUGGUGGUCGGGCAGAGUGGCCUGGGGAAGUCCACCUUGAUCAACACCCUCUUCAAAUCCAAAAUCAGCCGGAAGUCAGUGCAGCAGCCGACCUCGGAGGAGCGCAUUCCCAAGACCAUUGAGAUCAAGUCCAUCACACACGAUAUCGAGGAGAAAGGUGUGCGUAUGAAGCUGACGGUCAUCGACACGCCGGGCUUCGGGGACCACAUCAACAAUGAGAACUGCUGGCAGCCCAUCAUGAAGUUCAUCAACGACCAGUACGAGAAGUACCUGCAGGAGGAGGUCAACAUCAACCGGAAGAAGCGCAUCCCCGACACACGUGUCCACUGCUGCCUGUACUUCAUCCCGGCCACCGGCCACUCCCUCAGGCCCCUGGACAUCGAGUUCAUGAAGCGCCUAAGCAAGGUGGUCAACAUCGUUCCGGUCAUCGCCAAGGCCGACACGCUGACCCUGGAGGAGAGGGUCUACUUCAAACAGCGGAUCACCGCAGAUCUGCUGUCCAACGGCAUCGACGUGUACCCACAAAAGGAGUUUGAUGAGGACGCAGAGGACCGGCUGGUGAACGAGAAGUUCCGAGAGAUGAUCCCGUUCGCCGUGGUGGGCAGUGACCAUGAGUACCAAGUGAACGGGAAGCGGAUCCUCGGAAGGAAAACCAAAUGGGGCACCAUCGAAGUUGAGAACACCACACACUGUGAGUUUGCUUACCUGCGGGACCUCCUCAUCAGGACGCACAUGCAGAACAUCAAGGACAUCACCAGCUCCAUCCACUUUGAAGCCUACCGGGUGAAGCGCCUGCACGAGAGCAACAGCGCCGUGACCAACGGCGUCGAGGACCAGGAGCCGGCAGCCCAGGAGAUGUAGACGCCGCCAGGACCCAGCCCCCGUCUUCCUGUCACCCCAGCCCACCCACUCGCCCCAUUUUAUUUUAUAUCAUUUUCUCCAUCUGUCGUUCUCCGCCCCUUUCCACGCUGCCGAGUAACAAGAUAACGAGUGCCCCCCUCCCCCAAGUAUGUCCGUUAGUGGCCCGCUGAUGGCGGGGCCUGGAGUGGAGGCUGGCGCCCUGGCCGUCCCGAGGUCCUGGAGAGGCUGGACCAUGGCCGGGAGGGACGGGAGCAGAUCCGCUGAAUCAGUGCCGACCUUGACUCCUGGCCCAGCUCUGGGGGCCAGAGGAGCAGCCUCCUGCUCGGGGUCCCGCCACCCCACUCUCUCAGCCCCUGGAGCAUGGUGGGUUGUGCCCAGGGGAUGACGGAGCCAGUCUGGCGGACCAGGAGUCCCUUCCUGCCCUCGCCACUCCACAUGGCGUGGGCUGUAACUCAGAGAAUCCCCCCUUGACCCCAUCAAGGGGAGAAAAGUUAAUUCCAGGAGACACGAGUUGCCAAUUGCUUAGAUGGGGCGAGGCCAUUGGCUGCUGCCCGCCCACCCGCCUGCAGGCCUGCCCUGGAAACAGAAAGUGCCUUUAUCUCAGCCGUCCACGCAAGCCCCCAGACUCUCCCCAGCUGUCCCCUCAAACGGGAAAUGGGGAAAGGUUGGAAAGGGGGGGUGUCUUCAUCUCCCCGUUGUCCCCAUCUCACUGUGAUUUGAUUGAGGAUUCAAAGGAAAAGAUCCACCCCGCACCCCCCUCCCCCUGGUUUUUGGGAAGGUCUGAGCAAGUGAGUCUGGAGGAGCUGAGUGAGGGUGUGAUGGCAGGUGCAUUGGAGGAAGGGGGCCGUGUGGACUGUGGCUGGGGUGUUCUGAGUGGUCUUGGUGCCUGCCUCACCCUGCCCCGUAUGACUGGGGAAGCGUGUAUGUUUGUGUGUCUCUCUGUUUAUAGACACCUAGCCAGCCACCCCAGAUGCCCACGCAGCCCUCCUGGCCUGGCCCUUGCUGGCACUGAGCCUGACUUUCUGUUGCACUAAAUGUGCCUGGGUCCCUGAACCCCAGGGCCCAUUGUAAAGACCCCUAAAGAUGGAGGGCAGGAGUCAGGUUGUAUCACCCACAGCUGGCUACAGAGCCGGAUUUCCUAUCAGCACAGCCCGCUGGUCUCGUGCUCCCUCGCUGGCCUCUUGCACCAGCAGGGACCACCUGAGCCAAGCACAGCGGACCACAGGUGCUUCCUCCUUCCUCCUGGAGAGGGAGGGGUCUGGCUCAGGCCCAGGAGGUAGCACAGGUGAGGUGCAUGUCCGUCUGCAGACCCCAGGUGUCCUCCUUUUCAGCUGAUGAGAAGAACAGUGUGAGAACUUGGGUCCAAACAGACCUGGGGCUGCAGGUGUGUGCUGGUGUGUGCACCUGCGUGCACAUGACAUCACGUGGCACAUUUGCUCCCCACCUACGAGAGGAAGGACCCCUUAGCAAAACAGUUUACUUGCCGACUUGCCAUGUUUUUGCCAAAACCAUGAUUCUGAAGGACAUGUCCCCCUCCAGCGUUGGGCCAGGACAUGGGGCAGCCUUCCGGGUGGGGUGGCCCUGCCAGCCUCCGUGCUCUUGGGGGCUCCGCAGCGUCCGGCCCCGGGACGCCUUCGCUUUCCUUCUCUGUAGCCAGAUUUUGAAAAAUUGUUAGUUUCACUGGGAUCUGUUCCACAGUGGCCUUUUGCUAUGUGCCUCCUGAGAAAUUCGUCUCUUUUUGUAUAAAUAACAAAGUGUUGAAAGUGUAUUUCCUGAAAUAAAUGUUCCAAAGCAAA